AUGAUAAGUAAAGAUUUCAUCGACGAUCCCAAGUAAUAGAAUCAUAGAUCAAAGAGAGAUCAAGAGCAAGCAGCUAAAAUAUUGAUUGAUCGCUAAAAAGUUCUUGCUAAGAUGAAAGAAACAACUAGAUUAUUAUGUGAAAAUGUCACUAAUCUAUAAGUUGAUAGCCCAAAGGCUUAGAGCUUUCAAGAUGAAUAUAUAAAGAAUGCUAAUUAGAUCGUUUAGAUCUAAAAAUAACGCAGGCAACAGUAUGAACUAAAUAAAGAUUAAUACAAUGGAUCAAUCUUAGGUAUGUUUUAGAACAUUAUGCCCAAGCGUAUAUAUCCGAGAGAAGAAUUUGAGAAAACCAGCAGUGCGAAUGCUAGAGCCUAUGCAUCAAGUCAUAAUAAAAUUUACGGGAAUCUAAAGCCUAUACGAGUAAGGAACGACAGACAUUAGUCUAAAUUCAACAAUAAUAACGAUGAUUAGCAAAGACAUCAUAAUUCAAGGUAAAGGCAAGACUUAACUCCUGAAUAUAGUAAGUUAUAACCAUUAGAUACCUACUAAAAUCAUACGCAAAUCUUGCAAUAAAAUUCAACAGAGUUAAAAUUUAAUCAAGAUUUAGACUCAUAAUCAAGAAAUCUAGAACCAAAUAAACAGAGCGAACGAUUUUCUAAAUAGUUUAAAACUCAUGAACAGAUAAAACCUGAAAAUGAGUAAAUUUAAGUAACCUAACAGCCAAAUAAAAAUAUCUCCCCUUAUAAUCAAAAGAUCCGUCCAAUUAGAAAAAGGGAAAAAAGUUUUCAGAAUGAAUCAAAGACAAGCGGCUAGAAAUAUGUGUUAAGUAUUCGAAGGGAUUCUUAAAAUAGUAAAGAUCAACUUAACCACAGUUAAUUAAUUGCAAAUAAGAGCAUAGAGCAGCAUAUAAAUGUUGGCUAGUAUUUGCAUGAAAGUAGAAAGGCAAGUAUGGAAAAAUUACGUCAGUAUGAUGAGGACUAUAAAAGUGAUGAGGAUGAGCUUAAGCAAAUGAGGCUGAGUGUUGAGAAACUAAAAGAUCAGGUAACUAAAAAACUAAAUGUGCUUAAUCUUAAGGCUCCUGCGGAUUGGAGAGAAGUAAUAAUAAACUAUAAAAUAAAGAGGCAGCUAAUAAAUAGAGAUAGAUCUAUUGAGGAACAUAAAAAAGAAGAAGCGUAUAAUAAUGAAAGUAUUGGUUCAUAUGAGAAUAAAAAGUUGUUGAAUAAAACAAACUACAUGAAUUUCAGAUAAAAUUUGCAUAGGAAUAGCCUAAGUAAUAGAUAAAAGUAUAAUAAUAAUCUCGAAGAUCUAAUGAGUAGAUUAUAAGCUCACAAAGAACAUCUUCUUAGUAGUUAAUAAUCAGCAGAUAGGUCUGCAAUUGAUCCUAUGAGCAGAACAUUCACAGCAGCCUUAAAAAUAAGAAAGUCUUCAUUAGGAGAAUAAUAGUCUCUAAUAAAGAUGGCUGCUCUUAAUGAAAGUCAAAAUAUUAAUUUGAUUUAAGAUACUCAGUUGUAAUCUUAGUCACCCCAUUUUCAAUAAAUGAGGAAUUAGUUUAGAAUGAAAACCUCUUAAGACUCUAGAAAUCCUACAAAUCUUAAUAAAAUGUUCAAUUCAGAAUCUAGAGGCAUGAAUGAGAAGGCAUCUUUUCUAGGUCAAUAAAAGAAUAUUGAGAGGCCUGUUACAAACCAAUUAAGCAGCAAGGCUCCGAUGGAAAAAUACAGCUCUUUAAUUUUCCAAAACUAAUAAUAAAUCAACAACGAUAUGAAUUAAACCAACAGUAUUAAAUUCAUGGUAAAUUCAAACAAAGUUUAAGAUAAUCAAUCUAAACAGAGUUUUGAUCUAACUUAAAAGUAGUAACUCAUUAAGCUGCUUUAAAAUGAACAUAAAAAUCUUAAAAUAGAAUAGAAUGAUGAUGAAAGGAGAAAUUAUAUGGUUACUAGAAUGCCUUGGAGUCCAUAUUGCGGAUCUUGCAAUGAAAAAAGUGAUAGCUUGCUUAUGAAUAAAAAUUUUGAGAAAGUUUUAGAUCCUAAGACAGCUAAGCCUCUUUUGCUUAUCAAGAAAUAGUGA